GGACGGGGAGGAGGAGGUUGUUGAGGAUUUCUCUCUGUCAGUCAGUCUACGGCUCCGCUCAUCAACCCAACAACAUUCUCCACAAUCCAACUCCCUGCGUUUGUCCAUCAACUUGUGGCCGGCGGGAGACGGGGUUGGAACGAGCGAGCGAGCGCCGAAGGUGCGGAUUAGUUCCCGGGGUCGGGUUUGGAGGCAUCACGAAAACACAAUGUUCAGCUGGAUGAAGAAACAGGAGAAGAAGAGCCCGGAGGAGAUCCACACGGUGACGGAGGGGCUGCGGCUCCUCUACCGAUCCAAGUUGUUGCCACUCGAGGAGUUUUAUCGCUUCCACGACUUCCACUCGCCCGCCAUGGAAGACGCCGACUUCGACAACAAGCCCAUGAUCCUGGUGGUGGGUCAAUACUCCACCGGGAAGACCACAUUCAUCCAGUACCUGCUGGAGGAGGAUUUCCCCGGCAGCAGAGUGGGGCCCGAACCUACCACCGACUCCUUCAUCGCCGUGAUGCACGGAGAGGUGGAAGGCGUCAUCCCGGGAAACGCGCUGAUUGUUGACCCCAACAAACCCUUCCGGAAGCUCAACCCCUUCGGAAAUUCCUUCCUCAAUAGGUUGACGUGUGCCCAGCUGCCCAACCAGGUGCUGCAGAGUAUCAGCAUCAUCGACACACCUGGGAUUCUGUCCGGAGCCAAACAGCGUGUGAGCAGAGGCUACGACUUCCCUGCCGUUCUGCAGUGGUUUGCUGAGCGUGUAGACCGCAUCAUCCUCCUGUUCGACGCCCACAAACUGGAGAUCUCCGAUGAGUUUUCAGAGGCCAUCCGAGCUCUGAAAGGCAACGAGGACAAGAUCAGGGUGGUGCUGAACAAGGCUGACCAGGUGGAUACACAACAACUGAUGCGGGUGUACGGGGCACUCAUGUGGUCCCUGGGAAAGGUGGUCAACACUCCCGAGGUUCUCCGCGUCUACAUCGGCUCCUUCUGGUCUGAGCCGCUGCUCAUCUCCAGCAACAGGAAGCUGUUUGAGCUGGAGGAACAAGACCUCUUCCAGGAUCUACAGAACCUGCCCAGGAAUGCUGCCCUGCGCAAACUCAACGAUCUGGUGAAGAGAGCACGGCUCGUGAGGGUCCACGCCUACAUCAUGAGCUACCUCAAGAAGGAAAUGCCCUCGGUGUUUGGCAAGGAGAACAAGAAGAAGCAGCUGAUCUUAAAACUGGGACAGAUCUUUGCCAAGAUCCAGUUGGAGCAUCAUAUCUCUCCCGGAGACUUUCCAGACUUAAACAAAAUGCAGGAGCAGCUGAUGGUCCACGAUUUCACCAAGUUCCCAGCGCUGAAGCCCAAGAUGCUGGAGGCACUGGAUGACAUGAUGACAUAUGAGAUCGCCAAGCUGAUGCCCCUUGUACGGCAGGAAGAGCUGGAGAUGCCAGAGCAGAUGGUGCACGGUGGAGCCUUUGAUGGGACGUCCAACGGGCCGUUCAUCGAGGGCAUGUGUGACGGGGCGUACGAGGUGGGCGAGGAUGAUGAGUGGGUUGUCACCAAAGACAAGCCCAAGUACGAUGAGAUCUUCUACAACCUGUCUCCCACUGAUGGCAAGAUCAACGGUGUGAAGGCCAAGAAUUGGAUGAUCACCACCAAGUUGCCCAACUCUGUCCUGGGGAAGAUCUGGAAGCUCUCAGACGUGGACAAGGAUGGCAUGCUGGACGAUGAGGAGUUUGCUCUGGCCAGCCACCUCAUCGAGGUCAAGCUGGAUGGCCAUGGGCUGCCCAGCCAGUUGCCGGGUUACCUGGUGCCCCCAUCCAAGAGGAGGCAGGUGGGAUCGGUAGAGUAACGCCACGAGCUGUGCCACAGAGGCCGCGGACUCUUGCCCAGGAGUCGGGGGAAGGGGGAGGGGGGGAAGGGGCUGGGCCUUGGUCGUUGGCAAAUGACUCCCCUGGUUUAUGUUGAUUGGCGCUGACCCCAAACUGUCCCAUGACCAUGACGUCCACCCGUCCACGGGAGACUUUGGUGCAGAGGAUAAGGCUGCCUUUCACCCCCCUCCACCCUCCCGAGACCACCUCAGCUUCUCAACAAAGGUUCCCCUGCAUUCCCUGGCAACAAUAGUCUUCCACGAAUUUCCAAUUGAUUCCAAUCUCCCAGGAGCCGAUCUAAAGGCCUGAUCUACUUGAGCAGAUCAGGCCGCAGCUCCCAAACCAAGAUAUCCCCCAGUGUAGCCUUCAGCCGGCCAGUAACUGGACAGUUCAUCACCAGGCCAGGAUGAUGAACCAUGAUCCUCACUCAGAGGGAGGUGACCUCAUCUCCCCUCGCCUCAUCUCCCCUCGCCUCAUCUCCGCACCCCUCAUCUCCCCUCGCCUCAUCUCCCCUCGCCUCAUCUCCCCUCGCCCCUCCCCUCGUCUCGUCCAUUGCCUCAUCUGUGUUUGGACCAGACCAAGAUUACGUGUUGACACAAGACCAGAAUAUCGCUGGAAAUGGAAAAGACACAGAGUGCUGGAGUAACUCAGCGGGUCAGGCAGCAUCUCUGAAGGACAUGGAUGGGUGAUAUGUUAGGUCAUGCUCCUUCUUUGGUGAAAGGUCACCUAUCCAUGUUCUCCACAGAUGCUGCCUGACCCGCUGAGUUACUCCAGCACUCUGUGUCCCUUUGUGUAUAAUCAGCAUCUGUAGUUCCUGGUUUCUCCAUAGAUAUGGAAAAUGUUGGGAAUAAUGCCAGCACCCGGCUCCAGCAGGUGAUGUUUCAGACCAGUCACCUUCUGCACAACUCUCUGUUGCAAAACCAUCAGCCUGAGAUGUUGCUCCUGCUUCUCUCUCCACAAAUGCUGCCUGAUCUGCUGAGUAUCACCAACAUGGUCUGUUUUUAUUAACUGUUUAAUAAUUAAGUUCACUGCCAAUGCUUGAAUUGUCUCCUGUCUCCUUUGCUCAAGACUCAGUAGCUCGGCCCUUGCUUGUAAUUCCACCCUGAAGCCAAGGGUCAGUAUCUUUACGCACCUUAGCUCCACCCGCUUUGAUAAGAAUAUAUUCUGACCAAGUAUCCAGCCUUAAAGUGCCAGAAUCUGUUGCUGUGUAGAAACACAUUAUGGAAUUUCAUGCAGUUAAACUUCUUUUCAGGUCUGUCUGUCUGUCUGUCUGUCUGUCUGUCUGUCUGUCUGUCUGUCUGUCUGUCUGCUAUAUGGUCAUAGUCCCUCCCCUCACUCCCCCUCUCCCCCUCUCCUCACUCCCCUCCCCUCACACCCCCUCCCCUCACUCCCCCUCUGCCCUCUUGCUCCCUCCCCUCUUGUUCUCUCUGCCUUCCUGUAUUUGAGUCACUAAUUCCUAGAGGGUUAGCCAUGGUGAAAAGGAGAAUGGCAAUGCUGGGAACUAUAUUUUGCACUCUGAAUCUUCCCCCUUUGCCCUACCGAUUGUACUGGAGUUUGACCUGAUUGUAUUUAUGUGCAGUGUAUAUGACCUGAUUGGAUAGCAUGCAACACCAAGCUUUUCGCUGUACCUCGGUAAACGUGACAAUAAUAAUCUAAACCAGCAAGAUGCUGGACUGCCAACAGUCAGGUUAAACAUGUUACCAAGCAACAGAUUAUAUUUCCCUCACUGCUCACGGGCUGAUGGAUAUUGUGGCUCUGUCCUGACUUUAUAAAGUUUAUUAUUUGUUCUGCUAUUGUGAUGUACGACCUGUCUUUCCUCAUUCAGAUUCUGAAAUAAAGCAAGCCGUGCCCAGCA